GUGUCAGAUUCAGGACAGUGUUUAUUAAUAUACUGCGGUUUACUGAAAGUUUAUAAAUAUGAAAGUAUUUUUCAUUUCCUUUUGUUUAUGCCUGAUUAUUCUCAAUGAACUGGAUGCAAUGCGAGUAAUUCCAGGAGGUCGAUAUGGAAAGCACAAUUACAAAGGAAAACAGCCUGAAAAAAUACAAUAUAGGAACCCGGCAGCUAUUAACUAUUAUGACCACAAAGAUGGAGCCAAAAUAGUUAAAUCAUCACACUUCGAAUUAGAUUAUAUGCUAGGAAGAAAAAUCACAUUUUUCUGCAUGGCUCAAGGAUUACCGCGACCUUCAAUCACUUGGUUUAAGGAUGGAGUUGAGUUGUUUCAUCACCGAUUUUUUCAAGUUCAUGAAUGGCCGAUGGGAAAUGAUACUUUGAAAUCCAAAAUGGAAAUUGAUCCUACGACCCAAAAAGAUGCAGGAUAUUACGAAUGUCUGGCAGACAAUCAAUAUGCAAUAGAUAGACGAGGAUUUCGAACAGAUUACGACAUGAUUGCUUAUUAA